UUCUUGCAUCCUGUUGUUCAUGCAGUCCAGAAUGGUAGCACAGCUGAAAGGUCUUUAAAUGAAUGGCUAUCUUUGGCAUGCUGUACCUGUAUUUGUAGUGCUAACCCGUUAUUUGUGACAUAAUUGUGUAUAAAUAGAAAAUGUAAAAAUGUGAAUGAUUUCAUCCCUGAUUAUGUGGUUUCUUGUAGUAGAAGUGCAUUGUCCCCAUAUCGCAGAGCAUGUUGUCCACAAGGGUGCGCCAAACAGCUGAAGGCAGCUGGCUUUAUUUAAACGGAAGGAGACAAGUUUAUGCUGACAUCCAGCAAAUUACGAAAACGAAGACUUGCCAGAAUGCUGAUUCAUUUUUGGAGUACGGCCAUAUCUAUUCAAACCAAGAUCUGAGGCUGGCGGUUCUGAUUAAUUUAAAUGGAAACAGCCCCACCGAAGGUUUCUGUAGGAGACCAAGCGCUUUCAGUGGGUGUCUGACUUGCGUGUGUGCGUACCGGUUGUUUUUUCUGAGCCGUUGGACUGACGCACGGAUACUGCAGCAGAACUGCAGGGGCCUGGACGCUAACCUGGAGGACAUGAGGACCCAGUGGUUCCCCCACCCCUGAGCUCCAGACCCCACUGCUGCUGCACAUUCUGCUGAGGUGCUGCUCUCUCCUCUGCUCUGGACAUUUUUGGGAUGUGUGUGUGCUGGUGGUGCAGGUGAAGAGGUUUUUCGUGGUGCUGCAGUGUUGUAUUGAUGUGGAGUGUACAGGGCCUGGUGCUGUGUGUGUGUGUGGAAAUGAUGGCUAAAAGAUUGUGACAGAGUGUGUAUGUGUCGUAGCUGUCUGCUGACUGCUCUGUGCAUGUGUGUGUAUGGUGUAGCUGAGCAGAGCUCCCAGAGGCCGAUAGGAUGCUGACAGCUCGCGAUGGAGCUCGAGAUGAAGCUCAGAAGCUGCACAGGAAAUGGAUGAAGCACCAGGCCUUCAUGGCCGAACUGGCCCGUAACAAAGAAUGGCUCGCCAAGAUCGAACAGGAGGGCGAGGAGCUGAUCCAGGAACAGCCCGAGUUGCAAUCAGUGGUGGAGAUGAAGUUGAAGGAAAUCAGAGAGUGCUGGUCUCACCUGGAGAACACCACCAAAGUCAAGGCCCGCCAGCUGUUUGAAACGCAGAACCACCGCACUAUCGACCUGCCCACUAAAACCCUCAGCGACCUGGACCAGCAUCUCACCGCCAUACAGGAGCAGCCGCCCACACUAGGCUCCACCCAGAGCACCCAACCCACCCUCCUUCAGCCGCGCCCCACUUUCAGCCAGCAACUCCAGAGGAUACAAUCAAUGGAAGCCCAGAUGCAGCUUUAUCAAGGUGUUGGUGAAGUCAGGGCUGGUGCUGAUCACCGGAGACCAGAAAGAGAAGAGCAAGGAGGUGUGACGGAGACCCGAAUCGUGCGUCUUAUCGAGCCUCUGAAGGAAAGGAGGCGGAUACUUCUCGCCUCAAAAGAAUUGCACCAAGUCACCCAGGACCUGGAGGAUGAGAUUGUAUGGAUUCAGGAUCGGUUACUUUUGGCCUCAUCUACAGAAUAUGGGACCAAUCUGCAGAGUGUCCAACAUUUAAUCAUUAACCAUAAGGCACUGCAGACGGAGAUGCAGGCUCAGAGGGGGCGGGUCGAGGAGGUGCUGGAAAGGGCGGAGGCCAUUGCUGCCCUGCGGACCCCAGAGGUGGAGCUUGUGCGUGAAGGGGCGGGGCAUGUGAGGCAGCUGUGGGAGGUGCUCCAGGUAGAGAUGGAACGUCGCACAGUGAUGCUGGAUGCCGUGAACCAUGCCCAGCAGUACUACACCCAGGCAGCGAAGGCAGAGUCUUGGCUCAGUGGACAGAAACUUCAGGUCCUUAAUGAGGAGAAAGGAAACGAUGCGGCCAGCACUCUUAGGUUACUGAAAGAGCAGUUGGCAUUAGAGCAAACAGUGGAGAAUUAUGCAGAGACAGUGAGCUCACUGUCCCAGCAGUGCCGUCGCAUGCUUGAGCUGGGACAUCCAGAUAGUGAGCAAAUCACCAAACAGCAGGCUCAUAUAGACCGGCUAUAUGUAUCUCUAAAAGACCUGGUGGAACAGAGGAAAACAAAGCUGGAGCAGCAAUACUGGUUGUAUCAGCUGAAGCGAGAGGUAGAGGCGCUGGAGAAAUGGAUCUCUGAGAGGGAGGCUGUCGCCAGCUCCACUGAACUCGGCCAGGACCUCGAGCAUGUCGCGGCUCUGCAGAGCAGCUUUACUCAGUUCUCCACUGAGACACGUGCAGUCGGCCAGAAACAGAUGGAUUCAGUCAAUAAGAUGGUGAAUGAGAUGAUUGACUGCAGUCACUCUGAUGCUGCCACCAUUGCAGAGUGGAAAGAUGGGCUGAAUGAGUCCUGGGCGGAUCUUCUGGAGCUCAUGGAGACCAGAGCGCAGAUGCUUGCAGCCUCGUACCAGCUACACAAGUUCUUCACCGACUGUCAGGAGGUGCUGGUCCAGAUCGAAGGAAAGAUGAGACAGCUGCCAGAGGUGAGGUCAUGUCAGGUGAGCUCAGCCAACCCUGGCACACUGCAGAGACUCCUGCACUCUUUUGAGCACUCCCUGCAGCUGCUGGUCUCACAGGUACGCCAACUGCAAGAAAACGCAGUUCAGCUGCGUGCGAUUUAUGCCGGAGAGAAGGCAGAUGCCAUUUUGUCCCGUGAGCAGGAAGUGAUGCAGGCCUGGAAAGAGCUCCUUGUUGCAUGUGAGGGCAGCCGUGUGCAGGUCACCACAGUAACCGAUAAGAUCCAGUUCUUCGCUGUGGUGCGGGAACUGAACAUGUGGAUGGAUGGAAUAAUGGGACAGAUUGGCUCGACUAAUGAUGCCAGGCGUGGGUCUUGGUGUUGGGCGGGUCCUUGUGUACGUGUCAGGGACCUCUCUGUGCUGAAUGGCAUGAUGUCCCAACAUCAGAAUCUGAAGAGAAAGAUAGAUAACAAGAGCAAGAACUUUGUGCAUUGCGUGGAGAUGGGAAAGAUGCUGCUCGCUGCACGCAACCCUGCAGCUGAAGAGGUAAAGGAGAAGCUGGAGUAUAUCAUGGCAAAGCAGAAAGAUCUGAAUGAGCGAUGGGAACAGCACUGGGAGAAGCUUCAGCAAGCCCAGCAGAGGCUGCAGUCCAACCAGCCGGGAUCGGCGGAGCAGUCCUGGCUCACAAUCAAGGAACCAAUCACUCCAAAUACCCGUGAGGCAGGUGGCGGGACAGACGAGGUGGAGGAGCUGAUUCGCCGGCAUGAAGCAUUCCGGAAGGCCGCGUCCACGUGGAAGGAUCAUUUCAGCUCGUUACGCCAGGCAGAGAAAAUGAAGGAGGAACUGAACAAGCAGCCUUCUACCUCCUCUCUCCUCAGCAGGCAGAUGUUCCCUCUCUCCUGUCUUGUGCCCAGCUCCUCUUCCUCGUCUUCAUCCUCCUCUCUCUUCCGUAACCCUCUUCAGGACUCAUUUCUGGAGUCCAAGCCCGGGCCGGACUUCAUGCACACCACAGAACACACCAUGGUGAACACACUCGCUCAGCGGCUCGGAUCCACCCUGAACCCUUACACGCCCAUCAUGAAUGGCUCCUCGUACCACGGGCUGAACCAGCCAUCAGGGGGCAUGGCGGAGGGUCUUUCCUACCAUGGGCUAAAACAACAAAUUGUUUCAGGGUUGGAUAAUUCUAGCUAUCAGGGGUUAAACCAACAAGUUGGUGUCUUGGGGGUGAACAGCUCCAGCUACACUGGACUUAACCAACAGGGUGUUUUAGCAGAAGACAGCUCCAGCUACCACAGCCUGAACCAUUUAGGUGCUGUGGGGGUGGGAGUGGAGCCCAAACUGGGAUAUGCUUGGCAGCACCUAAAAGCUGACUGCUUUCAGCCCAAAAUCAACCACAUUCACAAAGCUGUUCCACCUUUACUGGAGGCGCACCGAGCCCAGCUCGCCGGUGGAGCAGCAAACAUGCCAGCUCCUCCUAUGGGCCUGGACCCCUCCCUGGAGAUGAUCCACAGCCGGUUACAGAGAGACCCCCGCGGGAGCCGAUCUGACCCGCAAAUGGAUCACUUGAGGCGGGAGAGAGAGUACCGGCUUGGCCGACAGACCUCUAGCGAGCAGGAGAUCCAGGCACGACUUAACGAGCUCCCACUGAUUGUAAGGCAGGAACGCUACCGUCGAAGAAUGGAGAGACAGUCGUCUAGUGAGCAGGAGGGCAGCGGUAAGCAGAGAGUACAGAAACAUGACUCCAGCGAUGCAGAAUCUGGGAAAGAGCCAUCUGACAAGAGACCAUCUGGGGAGAAGCGUUCCACUAUGGCUGAGAUUGUUGAGCAAGUGCAGGAGAGAGAAGCUUGUCAAGCGAGGGGAGAGGUGUAUAGACCCUCCAGCAGCCUCUCUGCACCAGUGAGCCGUCUGGAUCGCCCUCGAGCUCGAGACCGCCCCAAACCACGACGAAGACCUCGUCCAAAAGAGCCUGAGGAGCCACGGAGGUCCCGUUCUGCACCUGCUCAGAGCGUCCCAUCCACACCUCAGCCUCCUGCCCACACCGUUCAACAUGAGGGCUUCCUGUACAGGAAACACGAAGAGGAGGGGAAAGAGAGAAGCCCAAAUAGCAAGUCGUGGGUAAAUCUGUUCUGCGUGCUCAAACAAGGGGAGAUCGGUUUCUACAAGGAUUCCCGACACAAAACAACACCCUACAACGAUGAGCCACUUCUCAACUUGGCCAUCUGCGAAUUUGACACUACCAACGGAUAUAAAAAGAAGAAGAAUGUCUUCAUUCUCAGGACCACUGCUGAAGGGGACUACAUCUUCCUGGCUAAGGAUGAGGAGGAUCUGAAAGGUUGGGUCAACAGCAUCAACGCUAGCCUGAAGGAGAUCGAAGAAAUCGCCAAGUGGGAGAAAGCCACAAACUCCUUCACCGACCCCGACAAAUCAGAGCGGAAGGAGCGUUCUGAAGGGGCGGAGCCAUCUGAGGGGGCAGAGAGAUCAGAGAGGUCAGAGAAGUCUGAGCGUUCAGACCGAUCGGAUAAAAUAGAGGCAUCGGACAAAAGCUCAGAAAAGAGGGACACACCCGAGAAGGUGAGAGGAGAUAGAGCUGAAAGAGGAGAGAGGGGAGAACGAGGAGACCGGGGUUCCAGGGGUUCCAGCACUUCGGGAAAAAGCAAAUGACUCAUCUCUCCACACCUUUAUUUACUCAUCCAUCCCUCCAUCUUUCCAGAGAGAAGACCGGACUUGCAUUUCUCUGUCUCUGUCGCUCUGUUUGUCCUGACAGCCUGAUUUCAGGACCGACGUAUUUAAUGUGUCGAUGUGCGUCUGUGUGCGUGUGCCAAUGUGUUGAAGAGAUUGUCUGUGAAAGAAUACGAAAUGAACAGUGUAAGGCCGUAUCCCAGCAUCAGAGGGCCAGUUCAGCCGCCCUGCUCGACUCUCACAGAAAAGGCACUUUAGAUUAUUGAGGAUGACUAUAGCCCUUAAUAUUUUAGAAGCGUUUUCUCGAAGCAAUAUACUGUACGUAGUAACCGAUGCCGCUCGUUUUAGCUGCUCUGCUCUUCCAAGCGAGUGCGAGAGAGAAAGUGACAGAGAAGUCUUUCAGAGAGAAAUCUGGUGCGGUAGUAGGGUAGUAGUAGUUCCUCCUGAUCGACAUCCUUGCACAGCCCCACACAUGCAUACGCACACGCACUGUGCAUCAUGGGAAAAUGUUUGCUAUGGAACACCAUUCUCUCACCCGAGGCCGUACACGUCUUCCACCUGCUGCUUGUAGUAAUGGUUUUUAAUCAUGCGAGACACUUCACAGUACUCUGGUCAGUCCAAAUUACACUCGAUGAAGAGUCUCGAUCACAAAAUGUGAAUAUAAUGUGGCAGUGUGUGUGUGAAUACAGCUCCAUCCAGAAGGAAAUCAAAUGUACUAUGUAUAAUCUCAUUGAUCGUAUUUAUUAGGUUAUCACGAUACAAAUUUAAAGUGUGAGGUUAUUCUUCCCUGAGCUAAGAGGAAGUACGAUCAAACACCCCCGUACGUGUACAAAAAUGCUGCUUUUUAUCAUCUCUGCCCCCUUACAUCACUCUUUGAUUGUAAAAUGAUUAGUACACAUAAAAUAGGGUGUCU